AUGUCAGGACAACAGCCUCGUGGUCAGCGAGGAGGGGGCGGAGGUCAUCGAGGUGGACAACGCGGUCGCAGCUCUGAGAGGGGACGGGGCUCGCAUCCUAUCUUCGAUGCUCCAUCCGGUGGACGGGGGCGUGGUGACCGUGGUGGAUUUCGAGGAGAUCGUGGUGGCCGUGGUGAUCGGGGCGGCCGUGGUGAUCGGGGUGGUUUUCGUGGAGGACGAGGUGGCUUCCGUGGCCCAGAGGUGUUUUCGCCAGCCGGCGGAGGUAUCCCCGCUCCGGAUCCCAAGGCCAAAAAAGUUGAGGACAGCUAUAAAGGUUCUGGGAGUUCUGGAAAGGAGCUGAGUUUGGAGUCUCUUUCGAUUAGCAGGGAUUUCCCUCUUAGACCCGCCUUCGGAACUCAAGGAAGACCAGUCCUACUAUGGGCGAACUUCGUUGAGGUGAAAUCAAAUUCAGAUCUCACGUUACACCGCUACAAGGUGGAAGUCCAGGAAAACGAUGGCAAAACUCCUUCUGGCAGAAAACUCAAGCGUAUUAUCGAGCUUUUGUUGGAAGAGCACUUCAGGGACAUGGAAAACAAAAUUGCGACUGACUACAAAGCGACCUUGGUCUGCAAAACUGCACUUAACGUCGCCCAAGAAAUGUUUCCAAUUAGAUAUCGUCUCGAGGAUGAAGACGAACCCUCCCCAAAAGCCAGGACUUACCAAGUUCGUGUCGUGGCAGUUGGUUCUGUCGAUGUAGCGCCGUUGCUCCGUUAUCUUUCCUCCCCUGCGGCCGGGGGAUCGCUUCCAGGAAAAGAGGAGAUCAUCCAGGCAUUGAAUAUCGUUUUCGGCCACCAUCCCAAAACAAAUCGGGGUGUGCUUUCAAUUGGCGCAAACAAACACUUUACACUAGGCCGGGAUGCGGAGACCUACGACCUUUCCGGUGGUCUCACAGCACUCAAAGGCUUUUUCGUAAGCGUCCGUCCCGCAACCUCCCGUCUCCUCAUGAACAUCCAGGUUAAGGCCACUCCCUGCUACACUACUGGGAGCCUACCCGAUGUAAUCAAUGCCUGUUAUGCAAACAUUCGGGGCCCUACGCGCAUUCACAAACUCCACCGCUUCCUCAAGAAGGUACGCGUGAACGUCACUCACAUCGUCCGGAAAAAUAAGGCAGGCCAGAUCGUCAUGCGAAUCAAAACCAUUGAGGGCCUUGCACAUCAGAGUGAUGGUCGGCAUUUGCAGAACCCACCGCAAGUGCCCUGGCUCGGAGCAGGUCCGAAAGAUGUCAAGUUCUUUCUUGAUGGAUCAACUCCCCCACCAGAGGGUCAACCAAAGAAGAGUGGAAAGAAAGGCAAAAAAGGCCCAGCCAAGCCAGGUGGAGAUUCGCCUACAGGUUCAUAUAUUAGUGUCUACGACUAUUUUAAACGCAACUACCCGAAUGUUCCCGAGUUGAACAACGCAUUUCCGGUUGUCAAUGUUGGCAGCAAGGAGAAGCCAAGCUACCUUCCUGCUGAAGUCUGCCAGGUUCUGCCUGGCCAGCCUGCGAAUGCGAAACUCAGCCCGAAUCAAACUCAGAACAUGAUUCGAUUUGCAGUCAGAAGGCCUGUGGAAAAUGCCACGUCGAUUGUCACCAAUGGAACUAAGGUGCUUGGGGUUGCCCCACAAUUAAACCCUCUGCUGGCUGGUAUGGGAUUAUCUUUGUUGCCCAACCUAAUAACUGUUCCUGGUCGCGUGCUGGAGAGUCCCACCAUGGUCCAGUAUAAAGGACAGAGCUUUAAAACCCCCCAAGCCGGGAACUGGAACCUUCAGAAGGUUGCAUUCUCACAAGGGUCGCAGCUCCCUCCCUGGACGUACCUUUACUUCCAGGGCAAUCGAACAAACCUAGAGGCUCUUUCAGAGAGCGUUGAUAGAUUUGUUGAUAUGGCAAGGCUGCAAGGUCUCGCUGUACCAGCACCAAGCCGACCAAUCCCUGUCAUUGUUUCUCACGGUCAAAGCCCGGAGGAUAUACCACUGGACCACUUUUUUGCUGAGAUUCGCCAGCAAUCCCGGGUAAGAUUGGUACUAGUGAUUCUACCUUUCGAAAGCCCUCAAAUGUACAACCAUAUAAAGUAUAGGGGAGAUAUCAAAGAUGGUAUACAUACUAUUUGUGUCGUUGCAGAAAAGUUCGGAAAGAACCAACCUCAAUACUUCGCGAACGUUGCCCUUAAGUUCAACUUGAAGCUCGGAGGAAUCAACCACAAGCUUCAACCGUCCAAACUGGGAAUUAUUUCCGAAGGUAAAACCAUGGUUGUUGGUAUUGAUGUGACACAUCCAGCCCCAGGUUCCCUCCCCACCGCACCAAGCAUUGCCGGAAUGGUUGCCAGCGUGGAUAAGUUUCUUGCUCAAUGGCCAGCCAGCAUCCGUCUUCAGCACCAGGCCCGUGCAGAGAUGGUCGAUGAUCUCGAUCCAAUGCUCCAAUCUCAGCUCCCGGAGAAUAUCCUGAUAUACCGUGACGGGGUAUCCGAAGGUCAGUACGGCAAAGUCCUUGAGGAGGAAUUACCUCUACUCCGCAACGCAUGCAAAUCCAUAUAUUCAGCCGACCAAACCAAGAAAGGCCUCCCCAGAAUCACCAUCAUCAUUGUCGGUAAACGCCACAAUACAAGAUUCUACCCAACCGAUCUCAAAGAUGCGGACAACAACUCAAAUCCCAACAACGGCACCGUCGUCGAUCGCGGCGUCACUGAGACCCGCAACUGGGAUUUCUUCCUCCAAGCCCACACUGCACUACAAGGGACUGCCCGACCGGCGCACUACUACGUGGUCCUCGAUCAGGUUUUCUCCGGGCGAAAGACUUCGGGUCGCUUCAGCAGCAUUGCCGACGAGCUUGAGGACUUGACACAUAAUCUCUGUUAUCUGUUCGGGCGAGCGACCAAGGCUGUCAGCAUCUGUCCGCCGGCUUACUAUGCGGAUCUUGUGUGCGAGCGCGCCAGACGUUAUUUGAGUAGGUAUUUUGACGUGACGCCUGAAACUAGUGUUAGUUCGUCCGGCGCUGGGAGUACUGGACCUGUGCCGACUGGUGGCGAUAUUCUGGUGCAUAGGGACCUUGCGGAUAGUAUGUUUUAUAUCUGAGUGAUAUCCCCGUUUCCAUAUCAUAUCCAAGGAAGUUAAUCGGGAUUGGGUAAGCGUGCUGAAAAUGAUAUGAAGGAUAGAAACCAAGGCACAAGAAGGCCGUCAACUGUUAUUUUGAAUUGCAGGCAUGAUUUUCAUUUUCUAACUUGUUGAUUUCUGCACCAUAUUCUGUUCACUUGGUUAUUUGACAUGGAUUACCUUUCCACGUGCGCUUGAAUAAUCAAUUACACCCAAAUUUGACUAGAUGACACUUAGCUGAAUGGAAUGUGCUUUUCACUUGUUUAA